CGUCUCAAACUAACUUAACGACGAAGCCCUCUCUCUCACUCACUCACUUUCCUUUAUAUAUACUACACCUCCACGCCCAACGACACAACACAACCAACUCUCAACAGAACAACAAGACAUGGAUUGGUUCUCAUGGCUGUCGAGAACAAAUCUCGAACCAUGUCUCAUCCACGAAUACAGUCUUUCCUUCUCCAAGAACGAGCUCGAACACGAAGACAUUGCUUACUUCAACCACGAGUUCCUCCAGAGCAUUGGCGUCUCCAUCGCCAAGCACCGUCUCGAGAUCCUCAAACUAGCUCGUCGUGAACGCAAGAGAUCAUCUCCUCUUCUCACCUCUCGUUCCAUCUCCAGAGUCGUGGUUGCCAUCAAGAAAACAAGCAGGUGUCUCUCCGAUCACGUACGCGCGUGGAUCCGCUGCGAGGAAGAAGAGUCUUCUCGAGCUCUGGUGCUUGUACCGAAGAGAAGCAGCAGCGGCAGUGGUGGGGUUGGGGUUGGUAAGUGGAGAGGAGGGUUUUUGAAGUCCAGGAACAAGAGAUCUGUGACGCCGAGCAACGCAAAUGGUGGAGGAGUUCAUAAGCAGCAAGAGAUGUUGCUGUUGACUAAUGGGACUCCUUGUAGAAUCGAUAGCUUCUCGAGUCCUAUGGUUUUUGAUUACAGUUUCAAGGAGGAGAUGGUUUAUAAGGAGAACAGCCAAGAUACUUAUCUUGAAGAGAUCAAAUGGGACUCCAUGUUUCAGAAUCUGAAACCGACUUGAAGUUUUGUUUCUUUUUUUUUUGUUUCUUGAUGGUGAGAGAUGAGGUUUUAGUGUUCGUUCUUCCACCAGAAGUUUUGCAUCUGUUCUUGUGCUUUUCAGUGUGUGUGUGUGUGAUUAGUGUUUUUUGUUAGGCUAAUUAAUUUUGUUAAUUAAAAAUUAAAAAAAGAUAGGAUUUGAGUGCUGAAGUGUCAGGUCAGGUCAGGUGAGUGUGGGUAAUCAUGUUGUGUAAUGAGUCUUGUCUCUUCAUUCUUUGCUGUUUGCCUAAGUCUUUGUUCCAGUCAAAAACUUUCUUUUUACAGCUUUUA